AGGCGCACUUCAUCCCCAUGUACCGACGCCGUCAGAAGAAAACUUCCUGUCUUUUGCAUCUUGCAGAGCUCUAACAUCAUUGUCUGAUUGUGGACACGAAAAGGACUAAAAUGUCUUCAUCUCAGGCAGUAAGUGUUUUACAUUUCGAAGGCGUUGGUUGACUUUCAGCUGUGGUUGUCGAGUUUCAGUAUCUUUGUCGCUGUUACCGCUGCUGCCCAGAGUCACCGCCUUUUAUUAGUUUCUGUCUGAGUCAAUAUUACAGCAGAAGUUGGUUUUAGCAGAAAUCAAUAAGUCUUUGUGAAAAGUUAAAGACACCUUUGAAAUAACAACAGCAGGCUAAACUUAGAUGUUAAAACCUGAAAGUGUAGUUAUAAAGUAAACUUGGCAGAGAAUAAAAUGGGUGUGUUUGUGGUGCACACCCAGACACACAUAGUUGUUCACAAACUCACUUCAGCUCGGUAUAUGCAUGCUCUUCUCAUGUCGUGAUUGUUUUAAAUUAAAUGUUAGAUUUGAAUGAAAAAAGCCCAUAAAGUUCUGAACAGGGUAGUUUUAAUAAGAAAGGUCAAUGAUGCUGUCUGUAUGUAAUUUAGUGAAGGUAAAUACAGUCAAACCCAUGGCUCAGUGUAACCACACAUUUAAAAUCAUUUCAUCACUCUGUUCUGUUAAUGCCAUCCAUCAUAUUGUAAACUAAACCUCCAUGUUUUCUGAUGUAUUUCUCAGUUUCCAGAUAAAGACCUGAACACUCACAGGCGUGUGUCUACCAAGUCCAAUCCUGGAUUUCUGGAGCGACUCAGUGAAACAGCAGGAGGGACCGUUCUGGGCAUCGGGCUGUUUUUCCUUUCGUUUUAUGUUCUCUUCACUAAUGAGGUCAGAUAAAGAUUCCAGUGACAGUCAUGGAUUAAAACAUCAAAGUCAUCUUAAUUAGAGAGCAUGCUGUCUGUAACCCUUUAGGGACGAGCGCUGCAGACAGCUUCUUCCCUGGAUGAGGGUCUGUCUCAGGUCGUGUCGUUGGAAUCUCUCUUUAGUCUUGAGCCCCAGAACAACAACCGUCUAGUCCAUCUGUCUGCAAAACUUCACACCUCACAGGUAAACCCCUCCAUCAUUUUGUACUUUCUGUUACUCAGAAGCACCGUCCGCUGUCAAAAAGUCAUUAAGAAUUAUCAAGCAAACCACUAGGAUUAAUCAUUUAUUUCAGUCAUUCUACAGUUAGUUAUGGCAAUAGUAAUGUCAUUUAUUCAUUCAUUCAUUCAUUCAUUAAUCUUCUGCAUGUGUUCCCUUGUAGCCCUUGCAUGACCCGAACUACAGAGUGGUGGUGCAGGCAGUGAAGCUGCAGAGACAGGUGGAGAUGUAUCAGUGGGUGGAGUAUCGGGACAGCAAGUGAGUCUGCCAUCAUUCCUUUCAGUCUGUGAACACUCAGGGAGGGGGUCAGGUGGACAAAAUGUGAAAUAAGUAUUUUAGGUGAAUGUUAUUAAUAUGUGACUAUUUUCAGGGAUUACCAGGAGAACGGAGAGACCAAGACUGAGACGACAUACAACUACAGUGAGUAAAUACCAACUGAGCAAUAGACGGCUAUUAGACGUCUAGUUUUUUUAGACCUAAUUUCAGAUUCUGUAUAUUUUUAGACAUAAGUAAGAUUUAACCCACUUUAACCCAUUAUUUGAUAACUAUUUAUUUCAAAAAACAACUGUGAGUUACAUAACUGAUCUCCAAGUACUUAACCAAAAUAAUGACAGCUGUUUGGGCAAUAUACAGUGUAGUAUAGAUAUAGCCCAGAUUUAGACUUGGUCUAAAGUUGGUCUAAAUUUAGAUGUCUAAAAAACUUUCAUUUUAGCCUGAUUUUAGACCAGUCCUCUUGGCUACAUUUAGACGUCUGUUAGACCUCUUUUAGACCAUAAAAUACUCAGUGGGUACUUCUAAACAAAGAGGACAAAACCUAUUUGUCCGGCAGCUUGAGGGUCAGUUUGAGGCAUUUUAACAACUUCAUCCUCUCCUUCAAUCUUUCAUAAAGAAAAUGUCAUCAUGAGAUAAUUAAUUGAGUUUAUUUAAUUGGGACAGCUCACAUUAAUCAGCAUGUGUCAAUAUAUAUAUUGGAAUUAGUAAAAUGGUAAGUUUCAUCUGUAGUCCGAAAACAAAACAAAUAUUACAAAUCUGAGACACUUCACCAGACAGGUCAUAGGACAGUAUGACUAACAGGAUGGAUGCUUUUUGUGAUGUGCAAGGUGAGCCUAAAACCGAGCAUCAUAGAGGGGAUACUGGAGUCACAAACUUCACCAGUGAACGCCAAAAGACUGAAUGAACUCAAAAAAUAUAUAUAAAAGAAGGGAAGCAGGAGAUCAGAUAAGCAUUCUUAGGACUAAAGAAGCUAACUGUUACUGGCUGGUGUCAAAAAUGAGCAUUGUUAGGAAAUAGAAUUUUUCCACUAAAUAGUUUUUUUUUAUGAAGAAGUGGAAAUUGAGCGGGCUUUAUUAACCUUUUUUUUCACUCCCUCAGACACUGAGUGGAAAUCAGAGCUGGUCAACAGUCGUAACUUUGAUAAAGAAAUUGGUCACCAGAACCCGAGGUAACCUGGUGGUUCCUUAGUAUUACUUUAUUUGGUAAUAAAUAACAUGUUUGUGAGCCGGUCUUCUUGAUCCUUCUCUCUCUUUGAUCUCAGUGCGAUGGCGGUAGAGAGUGUCACAGUGGUGGCUCCUGAGGUCAGAGUUGGACCUUUAAUCCUGUCUAAAGGUAUUUCAACACAGAGACACAUACAAACAGGAAUUAUGCUCGUAUUAUUUACCUAUAACUCAUCAGGUCUUUGCUUGGUCUUUCUCAGGGCUGGUGGAGAAGAUCAAUAACUUCCAGACACUGAGUCUGAAGGAUUUUCUUACCUCUGAUUUGGACUCUUUUCUCACCGUUGAUGAUGAUUAUUUCUAUCACACUCAGACUCCACGCAGGCCGGAGGUGAGAUGGUUACUCAGAUGUUUGUGCUCUGUUUGUUCAUGUUUCCUAUGUUUGUGAUAUUGAUUAAGUUUUUUUUUUUCAUAAGGUUGGAGAUGUGCGUGUGAGGUUCUCCUUUGCUGGACUGAGCAGUGAGAUGUCCAACCUUGGCCCUGCUCAAAUUGUGAGUUGUUGUAGCAUCUGAACAAAUAUGAGUGUAUAUCUGAGUAAAUAAUUCAAGUCUUGAUAUGAUGAAUCAAAGUCCUUUAUAAUGAGCUUUUUUUCCGAGUAGUGCUGAAAGAUUCAUGUGACAGAUGUAUUCAUCAUCAACAAGCUAAAUGAGCUUCUGGAACAUCAAAUGUAUUUAGAGAGUAUCAAAAAAAACUCUUUGGCUCUGAGAAUUGAUGUAAGAGAUUUUUGUACUCAUUACAGAUAAAAUGAUUUAAUCAAAAAGGAUCAAAGUUGAACCAGAAACCAAAUACUUUUCAGUUGCGGCUUAAAUUCAACAAAGAAUCCGUGAAAAAACUAUUUCAGAAAUACCAAAAUCAUGACUGCCAUCAGGGAUUUUUGUUUGAUUCAUCAUUUUCACUGUAAAUGAUCUACAUUUUCAUGCAUCAGUUUUCUUCGUUUUCAUACAAACAUUAAAGGGAUAUUCCGGCGUAAAAUUAAUUUAGGGUCAAACACACCAUAACACAGGGUUAGACACCCCCUUGAGAGAUGAAUGUUGCCGACCGCUCGCUUCUCUAGUUAGACCAACUUUAGAAACGACCGCAGGAUAGAAAUACACAGAGGUCUGAGGAGCCAUAAACAAAAACUCAACCAAAACACCACUCUAUAACCACAAAUAAUGCUCAGAACAGCACCUAACUUCAUCAACAGGACAUAUAGAACUAGCCACAGCACUACCAAACAUCUUUUUAACUUUGACUCAUUUCUUUAGCAAAGAGACUAAACACAACUUACCUACUCUCUUCCAGCAGCUGCUUGUUUGUAGAGAGACCUCAGUCGAGUCCAUUACAGACUACAGCGGGGUGCCGCAGCUCAAGGAAGAACAUUUAUGAUCAAUUUUUAAUGGAAAUGCAAUCAGACCGAGACACUAAGGCAGAAGAACUACCAUGUCUGCAGUGCAAAAUGAUUAAUAUGAUGAUUAUUACUUUAAAGAAAUGACAAAGAAAUGAUCAUAACUCGAAAAACAAACCGUCGGCAACAUUCAUCUCUCGAGGGGGUGUCUAACUUGGUGUUACGGUGUGUUUGACCCUGAAUUAAUUUUACGCCGGAAUAUCCCUUUAAGGCAUAGUAGCAAAACUAAAUAUUUUGCACUGUUAAUAUAACUACCGUUUAGAGUUAUGAUUUGGAAAUAGUCUAAUAGUUAUUUCAACCUCAAAAGUUUUUAGAGUGCCAACACCAUCUAAGCUAAAGUUGUGAGAUCUUCUUGAUCUUCUUGUUUGGUCAGUGGAAAACUGUCUAUUUUUCAGGUUAGUAUCGUUGCCAUGCAGAGAGGGGAGCAGCUGCUGCCUUUUAAAACCAAGUCAGGAGACACUCUGGAGAUCCUUUACGAGGAGGAGCUCUCUGCAGAGGUCAGUGGAGAUUACACCUCAUUUGUUUUUAUUUGAAGGAGUGAUCACAGCCGUAUGUGUGUCGUUUGUCUCUGUUUGGUCCUUUGUGGAGCUGAUGCAGUUGUUUCGUCUCUGUAGGAGGUUUUUGCUAAAGAGCAUCAGUACAACAGUAUGAGGACGUGGGGACUGAGGGCUGCAGGCUGGGCGCUCAUGUUUCUCAGUAUACAGUUGACCAUGCGGAUAAUCUACACUUUGGGUAAACAAACACACACUGAUGCUGCACAUUCAUCUCAUUCAUAAAUCUCCCUCCUGUGGAUCUCAUGUGUCUUCCUCUGUUGUGCCCACAGUGGAUUGGGUUCCUGUUCUCAGAGAGCUGGUGUCUGUGGGGCUGAAGAUUUUCGCUUUGUGCAUCUCCUGCUCUCUGUCUCUGCUCACCAUCGGAGCUGGUUGGUUUUUUUACCGACCUCUGAUGGCUGCGGCUCUGGGAGCGCUGGCUCUAGUUCCAGUGUUUCUUGCUCGUUCAGGACUGACAGCCAAAAAGAACGAAUGACUGGUGAAGUGAAUAUAGACACAGCUGAAUUUUUCUGCAUGGUCGCAGCUGUCCAUCAGAGGUGUUUGAGUUAAAUACAGCUGUGUUUCUACAUCAGGGUUAUAACUCCAAAGGUUUAUGCUUUGCAGAGAAAUAUUUUGAUACAGAAUGUGUUCGUUAAAAAGAAAAAAAGAAGAGUAAAUCUUUUGUAGUAAACCAUAAUGGGCAUCAUAAAAUCACCUUUAAAUUUGUUGAAGGACAAAAAGGAAACCAAACUUUCUCUCAGUCAGGAGAUUGUCGAGGUUAUACACAAGUGAGGCUGUUUUUGCUGCUUCAUUUUGUGUUUCUAAUAUUGUCAGAGAUGACCUUACUAAACAUUUUUUACUUGUACAAACAAAGUUUGACUCUGUUUCAAACUUUGUUGCUCUGAGAUUAUCCGUAAACUUUUUUUUCCCUUUUCAGCUUUUUUUCUCUUUUUUUUGCUCACACUGAAGAAUGUAAGAAGAGCCUUGUCUCAUUUUACCAAAGACUCCAUGUUCUCUCUACUAAACUCCAUUUGUCAGUUUAUUGGGUACACUUACACAAAUUGAUUUUCAGUUUGAUGCCAAGCUAUGCAGUGGAAAUUAAAAUGAUUCCUUUUUGUUAGAACUCUGUAAAACUGGAGUUAAAACAGUCGUGUGUUUUGAAAGGCUGAUGCUGGUGAUGUGGUCGAACUGAGUGAUUCUGAUACUGUGGAAAAACUUAGUUCAACAAAGACUAAAUCAUAAUCUUUUGAAGUUUGAAUGUUUUGCACGGUAUCUUGAUCAGACUGAAGAAAAGUUGUUGCUUUACCUCCUAAGCUGAUCAGUGAAUAGUUAGUGUAAAAAAAUAGAUCACAUUACCUCGCCGCAGGAAUCACUUGAAAAAACACUUUAUAUUUUCAAAAAUACAACAGAGCGCUGUGUGGAGACAAAGACAGAGCUUGGCAUUUACCAAAGUUUUGUGAAUUUUCAUUGUGUUGGUUGUGUUGUUCUUCUUCAAUGUAUGCUAAAUAAAGCACUUUUUGAGUGUUUUAAUGUCUGA